AUGCCGGCCACGAGGAGAAGGAGGGCCGUACCUCGGCUGGGGACCAAGAGCCGGGUGCAUCGGAUCACCAACAUCAAGAACUGGGAGAGGACACACGCGGCGGCGAAAAACCGGAUGGUGUUCGUGCUGUUUGCGGCGGAGUUUGCACCAAACACAAUGAGGCUCAAGCAGUUUGUGGCAGAGAUGUCCCAACAAACAAACUUUAAAGAUGCUGAGUUCCUUUAUGUGGAUGUUGAGAGAGCGCCGGGAUUGUCAGAAGAACAUGGAAUAACUUCGGAGGAACUUCCAGUAUUUGCCUGCUACCGAAAUGGGGAGCUACUGGAGAAGUACCCAGUUGAUCAAAAGAUCGAGGGGAUUCUGGCACAUAAAAUGUUCACAAUGUUUUCCAGGCACACAGCUAAUGCCGCUGCUGAAAAUGCACAACUUGCCAAGCCAGGCCUGAGUCGCGUUGUUCAGCUGGCCCUAGGAGCACUCACAGUGGGGGCAGUCGUUAUUGCCGCUGCAGCGGUUGCCAUUUCUAGGACGCUAGCUGAUGGGGGGAGGACCGCAAGGGAGGCACCCCAGCGGCAGAAGCAGAGAUCAGGCGGAGAGGCUUCACAGGCCUCGGGUGAUGACGGCGAUUCCGAAUUGAUAUCUGAAUUCGAGUCAGAUGAGGAAGAAGAGGACUUGGAGCGCAGUUGGUUCGAAGAGUAUGAGGAAGGUGACUUCGAUGACGAGGAAGACGAGGUGUAG